AUGGAUGAGCAUCAGCAGUGGGCAGUCGCCGGUAAACCGGGUGAGGAGACGUGGCAGCAGCAACCGUCAAAACAGCCGCGGUGGAGGAAUUGGAGAGAUUUGCCCGGCGCACUGAUCUGCGUCGCAGCAUCUGUUCUGUGCCUCGGGGCGUGCGUCGUGGUGUUGGUGCGGACCUCCGAGCUGCAGACCCGGAUAGUAAGUCUGGAGCAGCGGCAGCUCUCCGCCUGGACGUUGUCUCUGGAACAGGUGGAGCCCGUUGUCCUGGGCCGGCUGGACCAGAUCCUGGAGGAGAAGCUUGCAGCGAGACUACCGAAGACACGGGAGUCGAGGGAGGCUCCCCACAGCUGCCUGUGUCCCCCAGGACCUCCAGGUCCUCCUGGACGAGCAGGCUUCCCGGGGGACAAAGGAAACAUGGGGAUUCCUGGGAGAAUGGGCUUAAAAGGACACGCAGGGAAAAAGGGAGCACCAGGCGAGCCAGGUCUGUCUAUCAUCGGUCCAAGAGGACCCCCGGGACAACCCGGGACAAGAGGAUUUCCAGGCUUCCCAGGUCCAAUUGGGUUGGAUGGCAAGUCUGGGCACAGCGGACCGAAGGGAGACAUGGGCCAGCGUGGCGUUAAAGGAGUCCUCGGGGAACCUGGACCCAAAGGGGAGAAGGGCGUCUGUGGAGACUACACACACCGGAAGCGGCGCAUUGUACAGCCGCGUGUGGGGCAGUUGGCCACACAGGGUGAGCCUGGAGCGCAGGGACCCCCGGGACUUCCCGGACCCCCCGGACUCCCAGGAACCUCAGGUCUGAAUGGAGCCAGUGGCCCAAUGGGUAAGCCCGGUGAACCAGGCAAGCCAGGAAAAGACCCGCGGCUUUUACCAGGACUAAAGGGGGAGCCAGGUGUGCCAGGACCAAAGGGGGAUCAAGGGGACGUUGGCCCACUCGGUCCUGAAGGCUCAAAGGGAGUAAAGGGAGACCAAGCAAUUAAGGGUGAGAAGGGAGAACCGAGCAUUGCAGCCCAGCGAAUUAAAGGAGAACCAGGUUCACCAGGAGUGCCAGGCCUCAUGGGAUUCAAGGGUGACACAGGUGAUACGGGAGACAAGGGGGAAGCAGGCAAUGAAGGCCCAGCUGGACCAAGAGGUCCUCCGGGCCCGACUGGGGAGCCAGGCAAGGCUGAAAUCCACAACAAUGACAAUGAUAUUCGCAACAUACCGCUGAUGGGCCCCCCUGGAUUACCUGGACCUUCAGGGCCCUCUGGUACCAAGGGUGAAGUUGGUCUACCAGGUGCUCCAGGACUGGACGGAGAGAAGGGACCCAGGGGGAAGCCUGGAGACCACGGCCCUCCAGGCCCAGCCGGUCCUGGAGGUCCCAGAGGGGAGGGUGGUAUCAUGGGCUUCUCGGGACCCAAAGGGGACAAGGGAGACAUGGGUCCAUCUGGAUCACCUGGGCCCAAAGGUGACGCUGGACAAGGAGGAAGGUCAGAGAUGAUUUAUGGACCUCCAGGGCCCCCAGGACCUUCAGGACCAGUUGGCCCAGCAGGAUCUCAAGGAUUUUCAGGGCCUAAGGGAGAACCAGGCAUCGGCAUCAGAGGUGAAAAGGGAGCGUCGGGUCAGAAGGGCGACAAGGGCGACAGAGGCCAUCUUGGACUCCCUGGUCUAAUAGGACCAGCAGGUGUGUCUGGACCAGCAGGACCAAAGGGGGAGAGAUGUGAAAAGGGAGAUGCAGGAUGGCCAGGACCAAUCGGACCUCAAGGCAUCCCUGGUUUAGUUGGACCACAAGGACUCAAAGGGAACCGGGGAGAGAGGGGCAAGAAAGGCAACAGGGGGACCAAAGGGGAUAAGGGAGACCAAGGAGCACCUGGAUUAGAUGCCCCCUGUCCGUUGGGAGACGAUGGCUUACCUGUUCCAGGCUGCUGGAAUAAAUGACGAUAACUUUGGAAUGGCUUGUGUGAUUGUACAUAGGAUAUUUAUUUUUUUACAUUUUCCCAAUUCUGUUAUACGUGGGGGGGAAAAAUUAAAUCCUAAAAAAAAUAUAUGGCAGCAUUUUUGUACAGAUGUUUUAUUUUACUACGUAUGACAGUGUUUAUGUAUUGGAUUUUUAUAUCUAUGCAUUAUUUUAUUAUUGGAUUGAAUAAGUAAAACAUAUGCAUGAUAUUUGUGCAUAAUGUGAAGUGGAUAAUGCUUAUUAACUUAUUGUAUUAUCUUGUGUUGUAAUAGACCAUGCUGCACUGAGUUGUGGGGCUGGAAGAUGAUGUCUUCUCUGAACUCUCCUCUUUGUGAUGAAGUGUUCAUACACCAGGUUCAAUUUGACUACAUAUUCACACAAUGACAGAAAGAUAUUAAAAGUCUGCACUUUGAAUUUCUGGUCACUCAAAUUAUCCCAUUUAGGGCUGUCACCAUGAUAAUAAUAUAUAUUAUAUUUGUGUCUGGUAAUGGUGUAA